CAACACUCAAUUUUGCCCUGUGCUGAAAUAAGUUAUUUUUGGCGUUUUUCUUAAAUAUUCCGGUCCGGCGCCAGUUAUGCAGCAGGCCAAAUCAGUGAAACGCUCCCGUUCGCCCACUGAGGAUACUUUGAACAAUAAUAAAACUCAAAGCAAGGUUCUAGUCACACAGAAAAUAAGCGACGCUUCUGAUCCGGAAAAAAUGAAGCAAGUUCAUGAAAAAACUAGAAAGCUGUUGUUUGCUGGCGCCGUUGCUGCAGCUGCAGCAUCUCCGAGCUCUGACGGCACUCCGGCUAACGGUGCCACCACCAAUGCUGGAAACGGUACAAACGCUCCAUCGACGGGGCAACAUAUGCUAUAUGGAAUCACAGGCAACGGCAACAUUUCAAUUCGAAACAUGGCGAUUGAUAUCGUAAAUCCUCGCCUGGAGCGCAAGCGCUCUCGCUGCUGCCAGCGUCAGACCCUAAUACACGACCGUUGUGGCAACUGCACUGAUUACUUGUGCGAAGAGUGCGGCUACUCCUGCCGCGAGUGUUCCAAGUUCAUUUGCCGCGCAUGCGUUACUGUAUUCAGUGGUAAUCAUUUUGAUGAGGCCGAUGAUCCGUUGUGCGAGCGAUGCCAAAUGUAUUGUGCUUAGGCAAUACGGAAAUCGGACUGGUUCCUUCCCUUCCACAUAUAACACACUACACAUCUACAGACUGAUUCUGGUUUAAGCUCCGGGGGAAGUUUAAACAAUAUAAGCUGGAUUCAAGCAGCUCCAACACACAUACACAAACACACCACGCUAAAAACGAUUCCAAUAUUCCUGUGUUCACCUUCUAUGUAUGUAUAUUCCAGAGCAACUAGUUGUUAACAAAUAAAUACAUUU